AUGGCCCCCGUCACGGCUUUGUCUUCGCAUGAGCGAACUCGGGUCGAAGAUUAUUUGAACGAUAAGAUCCAGGUUUCUGCCGAUCUCGAAAGCCUGGAUUCGCUGCUGUCUAGCCUUCGCGCCCAACAGGAGCUUCAGCGGAAGCAGCUAUCGGAAGCCGGAGAAGCACUAUCGAAUGCCACGAAAGCCUCUCGUGAACAUGCCGAGGCCACUCGAAAGCAAGCCGAGGCGUUCGCCGCGGAGCAAGACGACAUAGAUCGACGGCUCAAGGCCAUCACACAAUCCGAAACCAGCGAUGAGGCGGCGCGUAGUCUUGAGAAGAGCAUGGAGAAGCUCCAUCGACUGGAAGUAUCCAAAGGAUAUGUGGAACUACUCAAGGAAGCCGAGCAGUUGAGCAAGCAAGCAUUAGACAGCAUUGCCUCCGAACCACGCGCCGCUUUGGGCCCAUACUCCCGCCUACGGAAGAUUGUUGGCUUGUUGAAAAGCGCCCAACCCGCUGCUGAAGGAGCGGCUCCUCACCUAGUUGACUACACGGACAAACUGGCUUCUGCGCUGAGACAACAGAUGAAGAAGUACUUCGGGGACCGGCUACAGAAAACACUACAGGAGCUAAAGUGGCCCACACGAGAAUUGAACGUCACCGAUCAGCUCCUAUCUCGCUGGAGGCAAGAUGUUGAAUUGCUGCUCGACCUGCAAACACCUGAGCUACAAAGUCGAGAUGCGAGCGCAUCCGAUGUGAACCUCCAGCCGCCUGUUCUGUUCCCUUUAGAGGUCAUGGUACAUCAUUUGGAUCUGCGAUUCCAAUAUCAUUUCAGUGGCGAUAAGCCGACAAACCGACUUGACAAGCCUGAAUAUUUCCUUGCGCAUAUAAUGGACCUCAUUAACCAACACGGUGACUUUGUCACAUCGCAUCUGCAGCCGGUAUUCGAUGAAAGAGCACAGGUGGUUGGACCAAGCCUAGAAUGGAACUUUUACAACGCCUCGCAUAGCUUCAUCACCGCACUGCUUCCUAUGUUGACCCGGAAGAUCAGUCUGUUUCUUCCGCAAAUCUCAACAUAUCCCCAGUUGCUCAGUCAUUUCAUCCACGAACUGAUGAAAUUUGAUAAUGAGAUUCGAGACACGUGGAGCUAUAUGCCAGAUCCGUACGCGGCGGAUAAUUGGAAAGGCAUGACCUGGGAUGUGUUAACCAAACAAGGCUGGUAUGAUCGGUGGCUGCAGGUUGAGAAAGACUUUGCGUUGGUACGAUACAAAGACAUCAUCGAUACAGCUGACAGUGGAGAAAUUGACUACGAUGGCAUGGAGCCCAUUGCAUCAAAGCCUACCAAGGCUGCUAUUCGUGUGAACGAUCUCCUCGAAACGAUCACGGAGCGCUACCAACCUCUGUCGUCUUUCAGUCAGAAGCUACGCUUCCUCAUUGACAUUCAAAUCACAAUCUUCGAUCAAUUCCACGAACGUCUCUCUUCAGCAUUGGAGGCCUACCUUGCCAUGACAUCGACGAUUGGACGCACUGUGCAGGGAGCCGACGGACAGGCCAGCGUGGAAGGCGUAGCUGGCCUGGAACGGCUUUGCAGAGUCUUUGGAAGCGCGGAAUACCUCGAACGGAAGAUGGAGGAUUGGAGCAAUGAUGUAUUCUUUGUGGAGCUCUGGUCUGAGCUCCAAGAUCGCGUCCGGCAAAACCAAGACAGUGGACGCAACGUGGCUGGCACCAUGUCUGUCGCGGAGGUAGCUUCGCGCACCUCCGCCGCUGUCGCCAACAACGGCACCCAUAUCGAAACCUCGUCUGACGGCGCUCUCUUUGACGAGACGGCGUCCGCCUACCGCCGUCUUCGACUCCGCUCAGAAAGUAUCAUCACAUCAACCUUGUCCGCGAACAUAACAGCCGCCCUGAGACCCUAUUCUCGAGUUUCCACCUGGGCAACGAUAUCGACACCCUCUUCCGCAGCGACCGGAUCUCCCCUUUCGCCUACCUCUGAUCUAGCCCCUGGAAUGCGGGCUUUAUCCACGCAGCUAUCUUUCCUCUCUCGUGCACUAGGAACUGCUCCUCUACGAAGAGUUUCCCGCCAGCUUUUGCUGUCCAUCCAAUCCUACAUUUGGGAUAACGUGUUGGCCAAACACACAUUCUCUGCGACCGGAGCGGCACAACUUGCCAGCGAUGUUGAGCAUCUCUGCAGUGUGGUAGACUCCGCUACGGGCGCCUCGCAAAGUGCAGGUGUUGCAAUGCAAACCCUGAAAAAGUUAAACGAGGGCCUGCGUCUUCUUUGUUUACCAGCGGCUGACAGCGGAGACACGUCCACGGAAAAAGAUGACAUGCCCAGGCUGUGGGAUGUAGAAAAUAGGUUGUUCAUGGACAAUGAAAGCGCACGAGGCGUACUGGCGGAACUGGAGAUCGAGACGUUGUCAGAAGCCGAGGCUCGCUCUGUGUUGGAACGGAGAGCGGAGGUCGGCAAUUGA